UCGUCUUGCGCAGGACUCGACAUUUUCAGAAUUGUAAACGGAGGAGAAGCUCUGUAGAAGGCGUUCGGAGAGAGGUGAAAGUCAGGACUCGGAUUUGACCAUACGCAAACGACGAUGAAGUUCAACGCGUGGGGGCUACUGUUGUUAGUGAUCUACUCCGGUGCCGUCAAUUGCAUUGAUGAUAAAUGCGCCGCUUGCAAUGCUGUUGCCGAGGAGAUAGAACGUGGACUAUCCAAUGAAAAACCGAGGAAUCAUUUAGAUAUGAGACAUCGGUUGGAUUCAAAAGGUCAGCGUAAGGGGAAGGUAAUUGAUUACAGGGUCAGUGAGCUAAGAGUUGUAGAACUCCUGGAUGGGCUUUGUGAAAAGAUGCAAGAUUACACUAUUGAGAAGACAGCUUCAUCCGGACAACAAUGGAUCAAGGUGGAUAGCUGGGACAACUUGACAAAUCAACAAGAAGCUCGAGCUUACUCAAAAGAUAUAUCAACUUAUUGUGGGAGAUUAUUAGAGGAAACUGAAGAUGAUUUGGCAGAAUUGAUUAAGAAAGGUUCUGUCAGAGAAGGUGACGUUAGCAAAGUCCUAUGCCAUGAUUUGAGCAGGCACUGCAGCAACGCCAGUAGUGUUCAGGUGAAUGACGACGAUGAUGAAGCAGAUGGAGAACUAUGAGAAUGUUAUUAAGUUGUAAACCGUGCAACAGUCGGCUUUGUUUCAAAUCCAGAGCUAUGUGCUAACACACGCUGAUUUGCUUGUAAAACAGCAAAACUUUGAUUGCACCCUCGAUUUAUACUUUUUAUUGAAUCUCAGAGGAUGGAAUCAU